AUGAAUGAGCAGGGCAAGGAGGGGAAAUCCGGGGGGGAGGAGGAGGUUAUGGAAGAAGAGAUGGAGCAACUGCUCGGCGGCGACCAGUUUCUCUUCAUGGCCACGUACUACACGGUCUUCCCAGUCCUGGCAAGAGAGGUCGAGUGCGGCGCCGCUGCGCUCGAGGUGGUCGAGAGCCUCUUUGAGUCUCCAAGACGCUCCAUCAGGCGCCACAGGCCGUUAUCUUGGAAAAAGGCAGUCAGGAAGAGAGACAGCAGCAGACUUUGUACUUUAGUCCUCGACGUCUUCCUGCUGCCGUAA